AAUAAACAGUGAGAAACUGAAAGACAUUGAAAUCUGUAUUACAUUUAAUUGCUAUUAAAAGCACACUCUAAUCAACACGUGUUUGCUGUACACGAGAGCACCGGUAGCUCACGCGCGCAGGAAUGGCGUUACACUCGGCUAUUAAAGGCAAACUCAUAUCAGUGAUCGGCGAUGAGGACACGUGCGUCGGCUUCCUAUUGGGCGGCAUCGGAGAGAUGAACCGUCAGAAGUCGCCGCAAACCAACUUCUUGGUGGUCGACAAGAAUACGACAACCGCUGAGAUCGAGGACACCUUCCGGGCGUUCCUCAAGAGGGACGACAUCGACAUCAUUCUCAUCAACCAGAAUGUGGCGGAACUGAUCCGACACGCCAUCGACAGCCAUACGGCGCCCGUGCCCUCCAUUCUGGAGAUCCCAUCCAAGGAUCACCCGUACGACCCGAAUAAGGACUCCAUUCUUCGUCGCGCGAAGGGUUUGUUU